AUGGCCUCAGCAGCUUAUAGGCACCUUCUUCGCGCGACUCGAGUUGCCUUCAAUGGUUCGUGCCUUCCUCCUUCCUCCCUCCUCCCGCUCACCCAACAACGACAACCUGAAGAUCAACCAGUAUCUAACCCAUUAACAGAAGACAUCGCCAUCCUAGCUUCAGCCCGCAAACAGGUCCGCAGCACCAUCCUCACCAACCGAUCGCUGUCUCUCGAAUCACCCGAAUACACAGCAGCCAUUGCGCACGCAGAAUCGGUCGCGAAAUUCCUGACGCAGAAUCUGGUUCAGGGUCAGAAAACUGACGGCGUGGAAACUUAUAAGUUGAGAAUUCACGAACAUACGGAACGGGGUGAUAAUGAUACGAUUAAGAUGCCGGAUGGGAAGAAGGUUACUAUUGAUGGGAAGACUUGUAAGGAUUAA